UGUGCUGUGUCCCACGGACACAGCGGAUCACCGAUCCAUGGAAAGAGCCGAAGAUGUUGGCUCGGUCAUGUGCGCAGCUGUGUCCAAUCACAGCUGAUCACUGAUCAUCAGGGCACUGAUGAUCAGUGUGCCCUGAUGAUCAGUGUAGCCCCAGCAGUGCCACCUGUAAGUGUCCAUCAGGGCCAUGUGUCAGUGCUCAUUCAUGCCACCUGCCAGUGCCCAUCAGUGCCACAUCAGUGCCACAUUUCAGUGCCUACCAGUGCACAUCAAUGCCACAUAUCAGUGUCCAUCUGAGCUGCCUUUCAGUGCCAGUCAGUGCCACCUAUCAAUGCCAGUCAGUGCCACCUAUCAGUGCUGCCAAUCAGUGCCACCUGUCAGUGUCAGUCAGUG